AAUAUGGAAAAAGACACGCUGCGCUCACAGAGUCUCUCCACACGCUUCCAGCAAGAUACCAAACGAGCCUCUAUAUUUUACGAUGUCACCGAGGCACGACCUGAACAAGUCCAUCACGAUAUGAGGAUCGUGGGUUACGCGUUAAAUUAGAUUUGUAGAGUCGGAGAAAUCAUUCCAGUGAAAGAGCUCCAGCUGCUCGACUUCUUUGUCACGUUUAUCCACUUGGGGGGGAGAGAGAGGAAAAAAAGCGCGACAGCUAAGAGUAGGUGAAGAUUUUCAAACACCGUCUACAACUUGAAGAGGAAGGCGAAGUUCGUCACCAUGACUUCCGAAAAGAAAGUGGAGGAUGAAGCAGUCUUGGACAGAGGAGCAUCAUUUCUCAAGCAUGUCUGCGAUGAAGGGGAAGUGGAAGGUCACCACACUGUGUACAUCGGCGUGCAUGUUCCCAAGAGUUACCACCGGAGGAGACGCCACAGACGCAAGUCUAGCCACAAGGAGAAGCGGGAAAGACCCGAACAGAGCACGGAACACACGGAAUACAAGUCGGAUGCGGAGAACACAGACGAAUCCCCCGCAAACAUCCUCAAACCUCUCAUUUCUCCAGCUGAGAGGAUCAGGUUUAUCCUGGGAGAGGAGGAUGAUGGUCCCCCACCACCUCAGCUCUUCACCGAGCUGGACGAACUGCUGGCUGUGGACGGGCAGGAGAUGGAGUGGAAGGAGACAGCCAGGUGGAUCAAGUUCGAGGAGAAGGUGGAGAAGGGUGGCGAGCGCUGGAGUAAGCCUCAUGUGGCCACGUUGUCCUUGCACAGCUUGAUGGAACUCAAAACGUGCAUCGAGAAGGGCACCAUCAUGCUGGACCUGGAGGCCGCCACACUGCCACAGGUUGUCGAGCUGAUCACCGACAACCAGAUUGAGACCGGUCAGCUGAAGGCGGACCUGAAGGAGAAGGUCAUGUACACGCUGCUACGAAAGCAUCGCCACCAGACCAAGAAGUCCAACUUGCGCUCCCUAGCCGACAUUGGCAAGAGUGUUUCCAGUGCAAGUAGGCUGUUUUCCAACCAGGAGAAUGGUAGCCCAACUACUGCCCAUCGAAACCUCACCUCCAACAGCCUGAGUGACUUCUCCGACAAACCGGAGAAGGAUCAGCUGAAGAAUAAGUUCAUGAAAAAGUUGCCCCGUGAUGCAGAGGCAUCAAACGUGCUGGUCGGAGAGGUAGACUUCCUGGAGACUCCCUUCGUGGCGUUUGUUCGUCUGCAGCAGGCUGUCAUGCUGGGGGCUCUAACAGAGGUCCCAGUCCCCACGAGAUUUCUCUUUGUCCUGCUGGGCCCCAAAGGGAAAGCAAAGUCCUAUCAUGAAAUAGGAAGAGCCAUUGCCACCUUGAUGUCCGAUGAGGUAUUCCAUGAUAUUGCCUAUAAAGCAAAGGACAGGCAGGACCUGCUGGCUGGUAUCGAGGAGUUCCUGGAUGAGGUCAUCGUCCUGCCCCCCGGAGAAUGGGACCCUGACAUCAGGAUAGAGCCACCAAAGUCUCUGCCCUCCUCAGACAAGAGGAAGAACAUGUAUUCCGGGGUAGAGGCGCCUCAGAUGAACGGUGACACUCCCCAUGAUGCGGGACAUGGAGGGGGAGGAGGACACCAGGUCGGAGAGGAGCUUCAGUGCACUAAAAAGUUUUGUGGAGGUCUUAUUCUGGAUAUCAAACGGAAGCUGCCAUUUUUUGCCAGUGACUUCUCUGACGCGCUACAUAUCCAGUCUCUGUCGACCAUCUUGUUCAUCUAUCUGGGCACAGUCACCAAUGCCAUCACGUUUGGUGGCUUACUUGGUGACGCUACAGACAACAUGCAGGGAGUGUUGGAAAGUUUCCUGGGUACGGCACUGACGGGCACAGUGUUCUGCCUGCUGGCUGGUCAGCCCCUGACUAUUCUCAGCAGCACAGGCCCGGUGCUUGUCUUUGAAAGACUCCUCUUCAACUUCAGCAAAGAGAACGGGUUCGACUACCUAGAGUUCCGGCUGUGGAUCGGCCUGUGGUCGGCUGUAUUCUGUCUGGUGCUGGUCGCCACAGACGCCAGCUUCCUGGUGCAGUACUUCACACGUUUCACCGAGGAAGGCUUCUCUGCGCUCAUCAGCUUCAUCUUCAUCUACGACGCGUUCAAAAAGAUGAUAAAGCUGGGCCACUACAACCCGAUCAACUCGGAUUACGAUUCCAAUCUCGUCACUCAGUACGAGUGCCAUUGCAUGCCGGGCAACUCAUCAGAACUCAUUGAUGUCUCUGCCUGGACAAACAGUACAGAUCUGCCAGUAAACGCCACCUGGGCGUCCCUGACCAGGAAGCAGUGUCUGAAGUACGGAGGGAAGCUGGUCGGAGAGACAUGUGGCUUUGUGCCUGACAUCACCCUGAUGUCCUUCAUCCUGUUCUUUGGGACUUACACCUGCUCCAUGGCUCUGAAGCAGUUCAAGACGAGCCGCUUCUUUCCCACCACAGUGAGGAAGCUCAUCAGUGACUUUGCGAUCAUCCUGACCAUUCUUCUCUUCUGCGGCGUGGACGCCUUCGUCGGUGUGAACACUCCAAAGCUCAUUGUGCCAAGUGAAUUCAAGCCCACAAGUCCACUGAGGGGCUGGUUUAUUCCUCCAUUUGGAGGAAACCCCUGGUGGGUGUACCUGGCAGCCGCACUCCCCGCUCUGCUGGUCACCAUUCUGAUAUUUAUGGACCAACAGAUCACUGCUGUGAUUGUCAACAGGAAAGAGCAUAAACUCAAGAAAGGGGCAGGCUAUCACUUGGAUCUGUUCUGGGUGGCCAUCCUCAUGAUUGUCUGCUCUUUCAUGGGCCUGCCGUGGUACGUGGCUGCCACCGUCAUCUCCAUCGCCCACAUUGACUCUCUGAAAAUGGAGACCCAGACCUCAGCCCCCGGGGAGCAGCCCAAAUUCCUGGGUGUUAGGGAGCAAAGAGUCACCGGUAUCUUUGUUUUCCUCCUGACUGGACUCUCCGUCUUCAUGGCCCCUAUCCUCAAGUUCAUUCCCAUGCCCGUGCUUUACGGUGUGUUCCUCUACAUGGGUGUGGCAUCACUCAAUGGUGUCCAGUUCAUGGACCGCCUGCAGCUGCUCCUGAUGCCAGCCAAGCACCAGCCGGAUCUGAUCUACCUGCGACACGUCCCCCAGAGACGCAUCCACCUCUUCACCUUCAUCCAGGCCGUGUGUUUGGCCCUCCUCUGGAUCCUCAAGUCUACUGUGGCUGCCAUCAUCUUCCCUGUCAUGAUCUUGGCACUGGUUGCUGUUCGUAAGGCGAUGGACUACGUGUUCUCCCAACAUGACCUCAGCUACCUGGAUGAUGUCAUCCCAGAGAAAGACAAGAAGAAGAAAGAGGAUGAGAAGAAAAAGAAAAACAAAAAAAAGGGAAGCAUCGACAGUGAAAUUGAAUUUUCUGACUACCCCUACCAUGAAAAUGUCCCCACUAUAAAAAUCUCUAUGGAUAUGAUGGAGCAGGAGCCCAUGUUGGGGGAUAAAUCUUUGGAUAGAGAUAAAUCCCAGAAUUUCCUUAACACGCAUUCGCCGUGCUGAGCGAUACUUCGACUCUUCCACGGUGGCUGAGUAAUCUUGACAAAAGUUCUUACACGAAAGGUUUGCCUCAGAUUCGAAUAGGCGGGAACUCUGAGGAGAACGGUUUCUUAUGGAGGAAGAGCUCUGAAACAGAUCUGUGAAUAAAGUAUCCAAAGAUCCAGCAGAACCAGCACAACAUAGCAAACAGACCCCUCCUCUUUUGUACUAUAGUACCGCUUUGUAACGGUGUUUUUAAUAUUCCUCAUGUGAGGAUUUAAAUCAGAAUGGCUGGAAGUAUUUGUCUUAAAAUUGAAACACUUUGGUGGUACUGAAUUUUAUUAAGGGCUACGUUUGAGCAUACUUCAUCUGCGUGAGUUCUUGCAGAAAACAAAAAGGCUACUUCAAGAUCAUCCGUAUGCAGUUUUUAUGGGACAUUAAUAUCUUAUCUUAUUGAUGUGUUUGCUAAUAAUUUAUAAUAAGUGUCCAGCUAAAGAUGUUUUAUCAUAAAAGAUGUUCAUGAUAAAGUAGGUUGGGUAGGUUGGAGACUACAGAUCGCUUCAUAGCAUCCACACCAGCUUUUAUUUCACUUUGUACAUAUCAGGAGUUAUUUUUAAUGAUUGUUUCCAAAGAACCAGCCUGUCUUCUGAUAGUACUGUUUUUAUAUGGUAGGGGUUUUUUUUUCUGUUGUAGAGUUUGUCAUGACUACUGGAAUCUUAGGUUAAAACUUAGUGGAGGUACUGCAUUUGGAGGCGAGCACAGGGGGAUACGCAUCCUCUUUAACCUGUAGUGAACAAAAGGCCUACAAAAAGUCAUCUGUCAUGAGCGGACAUUGACUUUGUAUUUAUGGGUAUAUUCAUUAUUUAUCAAGCACCCAUCUAAGGCUGCAUAUUCAUAAAACACAUCCAGAAGAUACUGUAAGAAUGCCAUGUAUGUCUCAGUAUGGUAAGAAGUAAAUGGUUCAGCGACAUACAGACUUGAACUUCUCUUUUUGUUUCCUAAUCUUUCUUUUCCCCCCCCUUUUUCUAUAUUUAUUAUAUUUAAACUCUUAGCAAAAUAAUUUGCUGUUUGAAUCUUAAGUAUGACUUUACCAUUUAACUUCCCCCAUUUGUCCAAAUUUGAGGAUAUUCUUUCUGUGGUCUGUAUCCACUCGAUUGUCUUUUCCCUGUUUAAGGGAGAUGUAGAUGUAUUAUACCUGUAUUUAGCUCUACCUCUUAUUUUCCUGUAGGUGCCAGGCAUUAUAUUUUAAAAACAUCUGUCGUGCAAUUCUUUGAGAUCAAACACUGAUUUAUUUUUUUCAACUGGCACUGCAUAGGAUCUCUGAAUCUUAACUUGGACUUCCCUUUUUCCCUGUGACACUUAAAAUAUUGUAUUUUUUUUUUUUUUGUUUGUCAAUAUGAAAUAACUAUGUACGAUUUUGCAGUGUUUUAAAGGGUAUUUCCAUCACAAUUAUAUUUUACUUUUUUUUUUUUUUUCCCAACAGCAAAUUAUCUGAUAAGACCAUCAAUAAAACAUAUACCAAAGUCGGAGGAAAAAGUUACAGCCUGUCCUUUUUUACCCAUCUGAACAAAUGCAGUUUAAUGUUCUCACACAGUUAACUGUGAACUCAACCCUAAAAACCUAAUUGAGUUGAUUUUCCUUUUAAAAUGUGAUCCUAUUUAAAAGCUGUUAAUGUGAUAAAUGUCCAUCUUUUUUUUAUUUUUUAUUAUGUAAUGUUUGUUUUUGUUUUUUAUGCAAAUCAACAAUCACUGUGAGGCAAUGCAAUGUUGUGACUUCCAAUCCUGGGAGUAUCGCUUUGUAGUGUACAGGGUCAAAGGUAUUUGUGCAACAGCUUAAUUUUAAAAUCGACAUUUUGCUUGGACACCAUUUUCAAUGCAUCAUUAUCUAAAUUCCAUUUAGUGACAGUUUGAUGAGCAAUGUCUUAAAUUUUACUGUAUUAUUCAAAUGACUUGAUCAUGCUUUUUUUGCUGAUUGAAGUAUACACUGUAACUUAAACUGAUUCAGUUGAUUUUAGGAUAUGAUUGCAUAUCUGUGUGUGUGUGUGUGUGUGUGUGUGUGUAAUGCAUCUCAAUCAUUUGAAAUGUACAUAUAUUCCUUGAAGAACAUUGAAGACAUUCAAAAUCAGUGAUGUUUCUGAUUUGUAGUGCACAUAAGGGCUUUAAUUAAUGCUUUCACAAUCUCAUCAAUAUGCUGUCAAGAUGUGAAGCUCAAGACUGUUAAACUUUGAACCAAAAAUGUAAAAACCACAUUGUCUUCCACUUUGUUCUGUGAUCUGUACAUCUUGACUUUUGGGCUGCGGUUCUGAUUCCACAACUGAUGUAAUAUUUUUCAUGUUCUAACUCUGAAACCAAUUUUAUACAAGCAUCUUAUGUACUCAAUAACAAUAGGUUACUCAGAAGGAAGCAGAUAUCAGUGUGUUUUUUUUUUUUUUUUUUUUUUUUAUUUUUAUGGAGCAGUGUUUUGAAUGAGAGCAAUAAAACAGUCCAAAUGAUUCUUAAA